AUGUUCUACACUCAUGUGCUUAUGAGUAGACGUGGGCCAUUGGCCAAAAUAUGGCUUGCAGCUCACUGGGAGAAGAAACUCACAAAGGCUCAUGUAUUCCAGUGCAAUCUAGACAUAAGCAUUAAAAAAAUUACUUCACCUAAGGUGAAAAUUGCACUUCGAACUUCAGGACAUCUUCUUUUGGGAAUUGUUAGGAUCUAUAAUAGGAAGGCUAAGUAUCUUCUGGCAGAUUGCAAUGAAGCAUUUCUUAAAAUGAAGAUGACAUUUCGACCAGGAUUGGUUGAUCUCCCAAAAGGGAAUUUUGAAGCAGCUUACAAUACUAUCACAUUGCAAGAGGAAUUUCAUGAUUUUGACACCUUUAAUAUAGACACUAUUGAUGUUUCAGAAUACUUUACUCAGAACCAGAGCAGACCAGAAGAAAUUACACUUAAAGAAGACUAUGGUAAUUAUCUAGUUUUUCAAGCUGUGAGCUUUGGGGCAAUAACUGACAUUCCCAGAAGCCAUAGCAUUUUUGGUGACAACAUAUUACUGAACUCCAGUGGUCCUUUAGUUGAACAUAAUUCUGGAAGCCUCACUGGAGAAAAAUCUUUUAUUUAUGACAAUGGAGAUGGAUUUGGAGAUGAAGGAAGUGCAGGAGAAAUGAUCGACAACAUAUUACGAGGCAGUGAGAAUAAUCUGUUAGAAGAGAUGAAUUGGAAUGAAGAAGUUUUACCGCCUUCUGAGUCUCAGGGUAAUAUACUAAUAGAACCAGAUAAUCCAGAUGAUAUAUAUCUACCUAAAAAUGAAAAAAUGGAUGAACCAACAUCAAACGAAGAAGAAGAAUUUAUUCUUGCUCCAAUUGAUGUUUCAGGUAUUGCUGAGAAAAGGAAAAGCAAAAAAAGGAGACUGAUCAUAGAUCCAGUCAAGGAGAUCAGUAGCCAAGCUAUGCAUGACCAACUGAAUUCUUUUACUGACACACUCAUGGUUCUGGAACUUGCACCUCCUACGCGGAAAUUAAUGAUGUGGAAGAAGAAGGGAGGAGUAGAUACACUUCUAUCAACUGCUACCCAGGAAUUGAUUCAUGAGGAGUUGAAAAUGUUGUUUUCAAAGUGCUUUCUGUCCUCUGUCCUUAAAAUUGGAAGAAAAGUUAUACAGAAGGAGUCAGUAAGGAAUGAACUGAGAAGCCAAAACAUAGAAACCUUUAUGAUGAAAGAGCCAAAUACACAGCAAGAAUUAGAUCAGCUCCAGACAUUGAAGGAUGUGACUGAUGAAUGUAAGGGUGGCUCUCAUGAGGAUACCAAUAAAAAUAUUAACUCUGAGGAAUUAUUGGGCAGUGAAGAAAUUAUGGAGGAAGAGAGAUGUAAUCAAAGAUCACACCAGAUGUUAAAUAAACUACAGGAAUCUAACAAGAAGGGAAUGCAGUCCUUUAGUUUGAUGGAGCUCUGCAAAAACAGUGACCGGAAACAAGCAGCUGCCAAAUUUUAUAGCUUUCUUGUCUUAAAAAAACAACAGGCUAUUGAGCUGAGCCAGAGUGCUCCCUAUGCUGAUAUUAUAGCAACAGUGGGACCAAGGUUCCAUGACCUGUAA